AUGGCGCCGGCCGGGCCAUCGAUGGUGGACCAGCUACCCAAUAUCAACUUUGGGUUCGACGAGCUGCGCGAGCGCAUGGCGAAAUUCACGACAAAAUUCGAUGCAUACAUUGAGCAGGGACGCAAAAGAGUACUAGAAGAGCGCAACCAGUUUCGCAUGGAUGUCGCUGAGCUACAAGAGGACCAGCGCAUGAAGAAAAAGGACAUUGAAAUCGCCCACGUCAAGACGUCAACGUACCAGCAGAGCAUUGAAAAGGAAGAAUCCGAAAAACAAGAGAUGGAGGCGGCCAUUGCGUCGCUCUCGGCGCAGCGCGACCACCACCUGGCGACGCGCGAUAGCCUGCGGGAGCAGAUUGCCCAGACGCAGCGCGACAUUGACGCCAAGCUCGCGGCGCAGCGGGCGCACGCACAGCAGCAGGAGGCGCAGUCGCGGUUCAACGUGCCGGAGCUGGAUUUCUGGAUCACGAAUCUGUGCCUGAAGAUUGAGGGCGCCGGGCGCGACGACCGACUAAAGUUCAUCUACACGCACAUUGACGAGAAGAACUGGGAGCGCGAGGCGUGGUUCGAGCUGGUGACGAGCGCGCGUGACUACGACGUCAAGCACUGCCGGCCCAAGCUGGAGAGGGACGCGGUGGAGAGGGUCCUGGAGAGGGUCAACGAGUCCAGGGAGCUCGUGGUGCUUCUCAAGGGCAUGCGGGAGCUGUUUGUCGACGCCAUGAAGUCGUGA